UGAUGAUGAACAUCAUGGAGGAAUAUGACUGGCACAUCUUCUCUAUAGUCACCUCUAAGUUCCCCGGGUACCAGGAGUUUAUAAAUGUCCUGCGUGUGACGGUGGACCACAGCUUUGUGCGUUGGGAUCUUCAGAGCGUCGUCACGCUGGACGCUGUGGACGGAGACGCCAACUCUAAAGCUCAUAUCCAGCUGAAGAGGAUCCAGAGUCCUGUAAUACUGCUGUACUGCUCCAAGGAGGAGGCUAGGUAUAUAUUGGAAGAGGCCAGGUCUCUAGGUCUGACUGGGUCGGGCUACAUCUGGAUCGUACCAAGUCUGACCACAGACCCCGACUUCACCCCAGACAUCUAUCCCCUGGGGAUGAUCUCUGUGUCCUACAACGAGAUGGAGUAUCCCUUGGAGAGCCGCCUUAGAGACGGAGUGGGCAUCAUCGCCACGGCAGCCGUCGCCAUGCUGAGGGAGAAAGGGGAGGUGCCAGAACCCCAAGGGAACUGCUACAGCCAAUCAGAGAAGGGAAAGACUCUGCCCAGCGCCCUGAGAGGGAACAUGAUGCACGUGACCUACGAAGAGCGGGACCUGUCCUUCACCGUAGACGGUUACCAAGCCAACCCCAAACUGUCUGUCAUUGUCCUUCAUCCAAAUAGGACAUGGGAGAAGAUGGGUCGAUGGGAGAAUGGGACCCUGUCUCUGAUGUUCCCGGUAUGGCCCAGGUAUAACUCGUGGGGAGACGAGGAGGCCGAUGAGAACCACCUGUCUAUCGUGACUCUGGAGGAGAAGCCCUUCGUCGUCGUUGACAACGUAGACAUCCUGACUGGGACCUGCAUGAGGAAUUCUGUUCCCUGUAGGAAACAUGUUAAAGAUAACUCUACAGAAGGCGGAGGAUCCUAUAUUAAGCAGUGUUGUAAAGGGUUCUGUAUCGACAUCCUGAAGAAGAUCGCCCGGAACGUCAAGUUCACCUUCGACCUCUACCUGGUGACCAACGGAAAACACGGCAAGAAGAUCAACAACGUCUGGAACGGCAUGGUGGGAGAGGUGAUUCAAAAGAAGGCAGCGAUGGCAGUGGGGUCGUUGACCAUCAAUGAGGAAAGGUCAGAGGUCAUAGACUUCUCUGUCCCCUUCGUGGAGACGGGCAUCAGCGUCAUGGUCGCCCGGAGCAACGGCACCGUCUCCCCCUCCGCCUUCCUCGAGCCCUUCAGUGCGUCUGUCUGGGUGAUGAUGUUUGUGAUGUUACUCCUGGUCACGGCCGUCUCUGUCUUCCUGUUUGAGUUUGUCAGUCCACUGGGAUUCAACAACUUGGCCCAGGGCAAAGACCCCCACGGUCCGUCGUUCACCGUUGGGAAGGCGGUGUGGCUGCUGUGGGGUCUGGUGUUCAACAACUCUGUCCCGGUUCAGAACCCUAAAGGCACCACCAGUAAGUUCAUAGUGUCGGUGUGGGCCUUCUUCGCCGUCAUCUUCCUGGCCUCUUACACAGCCAACCUGGCUGCCUUCAUGAUCCAGGAGGAGUUUGUAGACCAGGUCACGGGACUGUCUGACAACAAGUUCCAGAACCCGUAUGCGUACUCCCCUCCAUUCCGUUUUGGGACGGUUCCUAACGGUUCAACAGAGAGGAACAUCAGGAAGAAUUACCCCGACAUGCACGAGUACCUGGUGAAAUAUCACCAAGGAGGAGUGCAGGAUGCACUGGUCAGCCUCAAAGCAGGUAAACUGGAUGCCUUCAUCUAUGAUGCUGCUGUGUUGAACUACGCUGCUGGCAGAGACGAGGGCUGUAAGCUGGUCACCAUCGGUUUUGGGUACAUCUUCGCCACCACCGGCUACGGCAUCGCUCUGCAGAAAGGUUUUUGGAAACGACAGGUGGACCUGGCGAUACUGAUGGAGGAGUUGGAGGCUAUCUGGCUAACAGGCAUCUGUCACAAUGAGAAGAACGAGGUGAUGUCCAGUCAGCUGGAUAUAGACAACAUGGCCGGAGUGUUUUACAUGCUGGCUACCGCCAUGGGCCUGUCUCUAAUUACCUUCAUAUCAGAACACCUCUUCUACUGGAGGCUGAGAUACUGUUUCACUGGAGUCUGUAAUGGACGACCUGGUCUGCUCUUCACCAUCAGCAGGGGUAUCUGGUCUUGUGUCCAUGGGGUCCAUAUAGAGUUAAAGAAGAAGCCUCCAGAGUUGGACUUCUCUCCUCAGGCCAACAUGUUACACCUUCUGAAGUCAGCUAAGAAGAUCACCCUAUCUUCUUCAUCUCCUAAACGCUCCCCGGCCUUGCUGCAGCCCGGUAUCAUCAACAUGAUGAAAGGGAACUCUGUCGUCAGUCUGUCUCCCAAAGGCCAGGGUGGUCUCUAUAGCAACACUUCCACUCUCCAGGGCUUCCUGGGUCGGCACAAAGACCUGCUGAAUAACUCAUCCCCAGAGGUCAGCGUUACCGCCGACAACGGCAAACCCCACCCCCCGGCCCGGCCGGGGCCCCGCCUCCAAACCCCGCGCCCUAUGGAAGAAGAGCGUGGAGACGCUGAAACAAGGACCAAUCCCGUUGUCCGGUCCCGCCGGUGGUCCCGCCCCGGAUCCGCUGGCUCCGCCUCUGUCCCGGGCCAUGCAACAAUGAAGAGCCAGCGCUACCUUCCUGAAGACCCGCCUCAUUCGACAUCUCCGAGUGUUCCAGCCGGCCCCCUCCUACAUGGAAUUCGAUCUGGGGGCCCAGGAUGGGGAUGGGGGGUUCAAACCCCAAAAGACGGGCUGAAGAAACGCCCGGUGGGCGGGGUGGGAGGUGUCGGAGGAGGAGGCGGCGGCAGCGGGAGGAGUCACGAGAAGAUCUAUUCCAUAGACUCAGACCAGACACUCUCACUGGAGCACUCCAACACCGUGGACGCUUCCGUCCUGCAGCUGAGCGCCAGUCUGCUGCACCACAGCCACUCUGCCGACGCUGACCUCCAUUCUCUGAAGGACAACAAGUACAGCACCUACAAACACACCAGCACUGGAGCUGCCUCCUCAGGCAAAGACAAGAGCA